AUGCACUUAUCAUCAUCUGAGGCAUUCAGAGUAACAAUGCUAAUUAGUAAGGUGUUGGACGAAUGGCAGAAGAAUGCUGAUAACUUUGUUGAAACUAGAGCUGCGAAAUGUGUGUUGAAAGGUGUUCAGGAAAACAGUUGUCUCACUAUUACAGCUAGUUCUGGUGUUGGAAAGACAUCCACUUUACAUCAUGUGGCAUUAAAAAUGAAAGAAGAAGGGUAUGAUAUACUACCGGUUACUAAUCCAAAUGACAUUGUCCAAUUCUAUAAUCCAAAUCAGAAAACACUGUUUGUAAUUGAUGACUUUUGUGGGACUUAUUCCAUAAACCAGUCUGACCUUAACAAUUGGGAACCAGUUAUGGAACAAAUAAAGGUGUUGAUUGAAAACAAACUCACAAAAAUCAUUGUCGCUUGUAGAUUACAAGUGUUCAAGGAUGAAAAGUUUGAAUCUUUAUCAAUGUUCAGGAAAUCUGUUUUUAAUAUGCUGUCGGAGAAUUUGAGCUUAUUACACACCGAGAAAAUGUCAAUAGCAGAAUUAUACCUGAAGACAAAAUCAUCAGAGAUUAUUCAGUACUGUGAUUUAUAUGAUUGCUUUCCACUUCUCUGUAAAUUGUAUAGUGAUAAACCUGAGCUCAAUAUAACAGAAUUCUUCAAGAAUCCAUUUUCGGUGUACGAAACCGAAAUUGACAAGCUUUAUAAAAAAGGACAUAAUACAAAAUACUGUGCCAUGGCUCUGUGUGUGGUGUUUAACAACAAUUUGAAAGAAGAAUGGUUGACAGAAGAGAAAGACGAAGAAACGAGAAAGAUCAUUGAGAAAACAUGUAUGAGCCCUUUAUAUGUAGCAGCAUCCGAAGGUUCUCCAGAGAUAGUAAAGUUAUUACUGGAUAACAAGGCAGACAUUAAUAAGUGUAUGGAUAAUGGAACAUCUUCUUUGUAUAUUGCUUGUGAGAAUAAUCAUAUAGAGAUAGUGAAGGUAUUACUGCAUAACAAGGCAGACAUUAAUAAGUGUAAAGAUAAUGAAAUAUCUCCAUUGGAGGUUGCUUGUCAUAAUAAUUAUAUAGAGAUAGUAAAAGAACUUCUGCUGAACAAGGCAGACAUUAAUAAGUGUUUGGACGAUGGUGUAUCUCCUUUGUUUCUUGCUUGUCAGAAUAAUCAUAUAGAGACAGUAAAAGUAUUACUGGACAACAAGGCAGAUAUUAAUAAGUGUAUGGAUGCUGGAGCAUCUCCUUUGUAUAUUGCUUGUCAGAAUAAUCAUAUAGAGACAGUAAAUGUAUUACUGGACAACAAUGCAGAUGUUAAUAAGUGUAUGGAUGAUGGAGUAUCUCCCUUGUAUAUUGCUUGUCAUAACAAUCAUAUAGAGAUAGUAAAGGUAUUACUGCACAACAAGGCAGACAUUAAUAAGUGUAUGGAUGAUGGAGAAUCUCCUUUGUAUAUUGCUUGUCAUAAUAAUCAUAUGGAGACAGUAAAGGAAUUACUGGACAACAAGGCAGACAUUAACAUGUGUGAAGAUAAUGGAGUAUCUCCUUUGUUUAUUUCUUGUCAGAAUAAUCAUAUAGAGAUAGUAAAGGUAUUACUGGACAACAAGGCAGACAUUAAUAAGUGUGAAGUUAAUGGAGCAUCUCCUUUGUAUCUUGCUUGUCACAAUAAUCAUAUAGAGAUAGUAAAGUUAUUACUAGACAACAAUGCAGACAUUAAUAAGUGUAAAGAUAAUGGAGCAUCUCCUUUGAAUAUUGCUUGUCAAAAUAAUCGUAUAGAGAUAGUAAAGGUAUUACUAGAUAACAAGGCACACAUUAAUAAGUGUAUGGAUAAUGGAGCAUCUCCUUUGUAUGUUGCUUGUCAGUAUAAUCAUAUAGAGACAGUAAAGGUAUUACUGAUUAACAAGGCAGACAUUAAUAAGUGUAAAGAUAAUGGAGCAUCUCCUUUGUAUAUUGCUUGUCAGAAUAAUCAUAUAGAGACAGUAAAAUUAGUACUUGACAACAAGGCAGACAUUACUAAGUGUAAAGAUAAUGGAUCAUCUCCUUUGUAUAUUGCUUGUCAGAAUAAUCAUAUAGAGAUAGUAAAGGUAUUACUGGACAACAAGGCAGACAUUGAUAAGUGUUUGGAUGAUGGAGUAUCUCCUUUGUAUAUUGCUUGUCAUAAUAAUCAUAUAGAGAUAGUAAAGGUAUUACUGGACAACAAGGCAGACAUUGAUAAAUGUUCAGAUAAAGGAGCAUCUCCUUUGUUUGAUGCUUGUCUGAAUAAUCAUAUAGAGAUAGUAAAGGUAUUACUGGACAACAAGGCAGACAUUUAUAAGUGUGCAGAUAAUGGAGUAUCUCCUUUGCAUAGUGCUUGUCAUAAUAAUCAUAUAGAGAUAGUAAAGGUAUUACUGGACAACAAGGCAGACAUUGAUAAGUGUGCAGAUAAUGGAGUAUCUCCUUUGCAUAGUGCUUGUCAUAAUAAUCAUAUAGAGAUAGUAAAGGUAUUACUGGACAACAAGGCAGACAUUGAUAAGUGUACAAAUAAUGGAGUAUCUCCUUUGUAUGUUACUUGUCAGAAUAAUCAUAUAGAGAUAGUAAAGGUAUUACUGGACAACAAGGCAGACAUUGAUAAGUGUAAAGAUAAUGGAGCAUCUCCUUUGUAUGUUGCUUGUCAUAAUAAUCAUAUAGAGAUAGUAAAGGUAUUACUGGACAACAAGGCAGACAUUGAUAAGUGUAUGGAUGAUGGAGUAUCUCCUUUGUAUAUUGCUUGUCAUAAUAAUCAUAUAGAGAUAGUAAAGGUAUUACUGGACAACAAGGCAGACAUUGAUAAGUGUAUGGAUGAUGAAGUAUCUCCUUUGUAUAUUGCUUGUCAGAAUAAUCAUAUAGAGAUAGUAAAGGUAUUACUGGACAACAAGGCAGACAUUGAUAAGUGUUUGGAUGAUGGAGUAUCUCCUUUGUAUAUUGCUUGUCAUAAUAAUCAUAUAGAGAUAGUAAAGGUAUUACUGGACAACAAGGCAGACAUUGAUAAGUGUAUGGAUGAUGAAGUAUCUCCUUUGCAUAGUGCUUGUCAUUAUAAUCAUAUAGAGAUAGUAAAGGUAUUACUGGACAACAAGGCAGACAUUGAUAAGUGUAUGGAUGAUGGAGUAUUUCCUUUGUAUGCUGCUUGUCUGAAUAAUCAUAUAGAGAUAGUAAAGGUAUUACUGGACAACAAGGCAGACAUUGAUAAGUGUGCAGAUAAAGGAGCAUCUCCUUUGUAUGUUGCUUGUCAGAAUAAUCAUAUAGAGAUAGUAAAGGUAUUACUGGACAACAAGGCAGACAUUGAUAAGUGUACAGAUAAUGGAGUAUCUCCUUUGUAUGUUACUUGUCAGAAUAAUCAUAUAGAGAUAGUAAAGGUAUUACUGGACAACAAGGCAGACAUUGAUAAGUGUAAAGAUAAUGGAGCAUCUCCUUUGUAUGUUGCUUGUCAUAAUAAUCAUAUAGAGAUAGUUAAGGUAUUACUGGACAACAAGGCAGACAUUGAUAAGUGUACAGAUAAUGGAGUAUCUCCUUUGUAUGUUACUUGUCAGAAUAAUCAUAUAGAGAUAGUAAAGGUAUUACUGGACAACAAGGCAGACAUUGAUAAGUGUAAAGAUAAUGGAGCAUCUCCUUUGUAUGUUGCUUGUUGGAUGAAUCAUAUAGAGACAGUAAAACUAUUACUGGACAACAAGGCAGACAUUAAUAAGUGUACAAAUAACGGUAUCUCACCCAAACAAAUUGCCAGGGAAAACAGAUACAAUGGCAUACUUGCUGUCAUUAAAGAACAUUCCAGAGAGGAGAUUAUAUAUCAAAGAAAAUAAAAGGAAUUUCAAUUAUGAAUUGUGAAUUGGCAAAGAAAGAUUUCAGAAAGGAAAUUUUGUUACAGAUGAAAUUGUAAUGAUUACUUGGUGUUUUUUUUAUGUAGAAUAUUUAUUUUAAUUUGUUAUUUUUUAGUCCCAUCAGUUAUAUUAAACUAAUGAAUCUGA